UAGCUAUAGCUACUAUUGGGUGUCAUACGUAUACUAGUAAAAUUAAUUAAUUAAUCAAUCGGAAAUGGGAAAGGAGGAAAAGGAGGAUGAGUGGUUCAAGAGAGGACAGGAGGUGGAAGUGAGCUUCAACGAGCAGGGUUUCAGGGGGUCAUGGUACACCGGAACUGUCCUUCGAACAAUCUCCAAGAAGAACAACAAGAUAUUCAUCGAAUUCCAUACCCUCAAGGCCGAUGACAAGAAGGCCUCUAAACCUCUCAGACAGUCCGUGGACCUAGUCGACGUUAGGCCUCUGGCGCCUCGAGAACUCAGCCGGGGUUUCAAUCUUAGCGAUCUGGUCGACGCCUUCCACAAUGACGGCUGGUGGGAAGGUACCAUCACCGAUGUCAUACACCACCACCACCAUAAUAGUAAUAACUCAACCUCCUCCUCCUCCACCUACUCUGUUUUCUUCAGAAGUUCCAGGGAGCAGAUUGAGUUUCAUGAGUCGGAUCUACGGUUGCACCGUGAGUGGGACCACGGCAACUGGAAACCCCAGUUGGAACCACAACCCUCCCAACCACCAACAUCACCACCACCACCACCACAACAAGCUCCCCCCGCCCAUGAUGUUUAGUUACCCCCAACAGGAAUCUACCCAAAUUAAAGCUUCUCUUUGAUCCUUGAUGUGCAAUGUCCGCCCUUGUUGAUCCUGUGCUAAAGGAACUUAGAGAGUACGUUGGUUUUUGCAGUAAGGUCUUCUAAUUGAAUCAACAAAGAGAAUGUGGAAGAAAAUGACGUUUUGUGGAAGAAUCGUCCGAUUAAGAUUUGAGGCACAAAUUGCAAUUCCAAUUCCUGCAUGUGCAAGUCGAAAGGUUCUAAUUGUUCAAUUGUUUGGAUAUGCUUUUAGGCAUUUUUGCCAAUAUAACUCACUCAGUACUGUUGGUAUUGGUUAGGGUGGAGUAUUUUACAGAUCAAGGAGGAAUUGAGUUGGGAGAGGUUUCUUUCUUUA